UGACAUUCUGAACGCCGGAUGUCGGAAUGAUUGCAUAUAAUUUGACAUUUCAUUUGCUCUAUUAGGACAUUGGGAUAUUCUGUGACAUCUAGCACAUCGACUGGAGUCAGGAUGAAGUUUGUGAUAUGCGUUGCGGUUUUGGCUCUCCUCUCAUCUGACAUGGUAUCCGGCCUUGAGUGGCUUAGAAGGAGAGAAAGUGAACCAGUAUCAAAUCUGUUACUUUCUGCUGCAUGCAGUUAUGUAUUCGAGCCAGUCAUGCACAUCCUGGGAACACCAGCGUUCGAGGAUCUUAUCGAAAAUGGCCACCUGAGCCUAGACUGCAGCCCACAGUCCUUGGCAAAAGUAGAUGAGUGUCAACGCUCUCCAUCUUUACGUGAUUCAUUAUACCUACAAUUAAAACUGCCCGCCGCCAUGAGCAUCUUCUGUAGCCACAAAACAGACAUCGAGAAAGACGCGUCAUGUUGGAUUGGUAGAGACAUGCUGACGGCUGCUAUGUCAUGUCGCAAUAGUGACAGGAAUGUCUUUGCCGAGUGUGCUGAAAGACGUGUGGGCAACGUCACCGGAUGCACUAGUACUACAGGCGCCAUCAUAGGACGGAUGAUUUUGGAACUAUCUGAUUAGAUGUACAUGAAAUUAUUAAACGAGUCCCAACAUCACGUAACAGAAGGAAUUUUAUAUUAAAUUUGUUUGCACAAAUGUCAUCGUCUUGAUACACCCAUUUAAAAUUCAGUUUUAUCCUUGUUAUCAUGUUGACGUAUAUAUCCACACCUCCCUUUAUAGUAUCGCCGCCAUUUGUGUUUCCAAAUAUCAGUUUUGAUGCGUACAGCUUGUCGCAUGAAAAUAGAUCAUGUCGUAUUUCAUACAAAUCACGUCCAACAAGUUGCAUACGUCAAAAGUUGGUCCGACUGGCGUGUUCAAUCGAUCCAAUGUGUUAAAUGCAACAAAUUGUAUACAACUAGUUGAAUCCAGUGAAUGCUCCUUAACACUGUUAUGAGUUAUGAGGCAAAUGGAAUACCGUUUUAAUUGGAACUAUAUCUUUACAUGAAUGUAUACAUUUGGGAAAAGCUAAGGACUCCCAGAAAUGUUUAAUGACUAAUAAAGCAAGUGCUGGGAUGAAAUUACUGAAACGAUUAGCUCGAAUAAACGAAUAUGCUUAGCAUAUGCAAUGCUUACCCUC